CAGCGUGAGUCGCACAUGGCUUCGCAACCGCUGAACAUUGUCGUGCUCGGCGGCUCCUUCGCCGGUCUGGGGGUCGCGCAAGCCUUUCUCGACAAUUGCAUCCAACGUCUUAGCACUUUCGACGGCGCAUCAUCCUACCGGAUCUUGUUGGUCUCUCCAUCCACUCACUUUUAUUGGAACAUCUGCGCUCCACGCGCUUUAGUAUCGGCCAGAUUGAUCCAGCCAGCUGAGACAUGUAUCCCCAUCGAGCCUGCUUUCAGUCGACAUGCGGCUGCCAACUUCACUUUCGUACAAGGGUCCGCCACGAGCAUCGAUACCAGUGCAAGGAAGGUAACAGUGGAACUGGCGGGAAACCACAGAGAAAAACGAAUGAGCUCCGCAUCCAAAAUAGAUUCUGUCGUGGUACCAUCCAAACAUCCCUCUUCUCAACGAACAAAUUCUCGCUCCCGCAACCUCGAAUUUCGAGUAAUAUCGUACCACGCCUUGAUCUUUGCUACUGGCACCUCUGCUCAUUCUCCGCUUUUUUCACUCCAUGGAACCCAUGAGCAAACUUUGGCGGAACUCGAAGCUUUUCACCACACCCUCGAUAAAAGUAGGUCAGUGACCGUCGUUGGCGGUGGUCCGACAGGCGUUGAAACAGCAGGGGAGUUGGCAUCUUACUACAAUUCAGCGUCAAUUCAAGAGGUGGGAUCACGUACCAAGUGCGAAUCGGCCUGCCUAAAUAAAUCGAGCGAUUGCGUACAAGGGGGUGAAGAUUUGUUCUGUACAUGCGAGGACUGCACACAGUCGAAAUUGGACUUCAAUAGCAUAUCGGGUCAGCCAUCCCUUCCAAAGAGAAUCACGCUUAUAUCUGGCGGCACGCGCCUCUUACCAAGACUGGACCCUAAAUUCGGAACUAAAGCAGAGAGACACCUCGAAAGACUUGGUGUGGACAUCAUCCACUGUACGCGUCAGAUCGGACGGGUGGAAAAUGAAGACGGCACUUUCAGCUGCGUGCUCAACAACGGCCCAGUCAUCACAUCCGACAUACUGAUUCAAGCCACCGGUGUAUAUCCCAACACCAGCUUCCUGCCACGAUGUAUGCUAGACGAAUCCGGGUACGUAGUCACCGACUACCAAACCCUCCGCGUCUACGGACACAGCAUUGGCCCGCGCGUCUACGCUAUUGGAGAUUGCGCAAACUGUUCCAUGAAUUUCACGAUGGAUGUCUACGACGCCAUUCCAGUACUCGUCAAAAAUCUCCUCAACGACCUGCUAGCCCACGAAUACAAAAUCCAAACUACGAUUACAACAACGGCCCCACGCCCAGCUCCUCCCAGGAAACUGUACAAAAGCGCAGCAAGCACAGCAAAUCCGCCUUCUCGAACACCGGGAACACCACUCAAGAGAGACCGAUCUUUAUCUCGCCGUCUCACGAUGCUCUCACAGCUAAAAAACCCUUUAUCGAGCACCCGUCCUGCCACCGACAAUGACCCCCCAAGAGUCCUUUCUCCCCUGUAUAUUCCUCCGCCUCCUUAUCCAUUCUUCACAAAUCCCUCACAAGCAGCCUCAUCGUUCCCUGCAGCUGGCCUACAGCUACGUCCCCUUCUCACCCCUGAAGAAGCCCACUUGAAGAUCGAAGCACUGAAGGACGCGCACUUCAAACCGAAGCUCAAAGACUACCAGAUCAUGCCGAUCGGGCGUUGCGGCGGCGUUGGAGUGCUUGCAGGACAUAACGUGCCCGGAUUCAUGGUCUGGGCAAUGAAGGGGAAGGGUUAUAGGAUGGGGAAGAUGAAAGGAGUCGUGGGAAAAGGGUGGAAUCCGUAUGGGCCGCCUGGGGGAAAUAGGGUAGGAGAAUUGAAGUGGAAGUUGGAUAUGUAUUAA